CACGCACAAAGCAUCUUGGCCAUUUGGGCUUGCCAAGUUGUGUUGAUGGGAGCUGUCGAGGGUUACCGUGUUGCUGGUGGACCUCUCGGUGAGGUUGUUGACCCACUUUACCCCGGUGGCAGCUUCGACCCAUUGGGCCUUGCUGAAGAUCCAGAGGCUUUCGCUGAGCUCAAGGUAAAGGAAAUCAAGAAUGGUAGACUUGCUAUGUUCUCCAUGUUUGGAUUCUUUGUUCAGGCUAUCGUCACCGGAAAGGGUCCAUUGGAGAACCUUGCUGACCACCUUGCUGACCCGGUUAACAACAACGCCUGGUCUUAUGCCACUAACUUUGUUCCCGGAAAGUGAAGAUCUUAAAUACGAGUCUCUUCUGAUUGUUUGAUAACCCUGUAAAGUUAGCUAUUGUAUAUUACUGGAGAUUAUCUAUGAAUUUUUAUUUGGUCUCCAAUAAUUGUGUAGUUCCAUGUUGUUUAUGUCAACAUUUUGCAAGAGUACUAUCAGGUUGUAUAUGUCUCUUCAUAAUGUUUAUUUUGUGGCCUCUGCUAGGUUAAAAUUAUACAAGUGCCUGCCUAUAUUCUGAUGUUUA